ACAUCUCUCUCUCUCUCCAUCCCUCCCUCUCUCUCUCUGUGUACCAGGUUGUUCUUUGCCGGAGCCAGAGAGGGUCACCUCCCCAGUCUGCUGGCCAUGAUUCAUGUGAAGCGCUGCACCCCCAUCCCUGCCCUGCUUUUCACUUGUCUGUCCACCCUUCUGAUGCUGUGCACCAGUGACAUGUACACCCUCAUCAACUAUGUGGGUUUCAUCAAUUACCUCUUCUACGGAGUCACUGUUGCCGGGCAGAUUGUCCUGCGCAUCAAGGAGCCCGACAUACACCGGCCAAUCAAAAUCAGCCUGGUGUGGCCCGUCAUCUACCUGCUGUUCUGGGCCUUCCUGCUCAUCUUCUCCCUGUACUCGGAGCCCGUGGUCUGUGGCAUCGGCCUGGCCAUCAUGCUGACCGGCGUGCCCGUCUACUUCCUGGGCGUCUACUGGGACAACAAGCCGCAGUGCUUCAAUUCGUUCGUUGCCAAGAUGACAUACCUGGGCCAGAAGUUCUGUGUGGUGGUCUACCCAGCAAUGACCGGGAGCACGGAGGACACGGGCAGCGGGGAGGAGGAGGGCGAGGAGAUGGAGGCCAGGCCCGCUCUCUCGAACUGAUGCGACGCUAAAGUAGACUGCUGAACACACAACCUCGGAAACUUACUUUCCCCAACCUCUCUUUCCCACACACGGACACUCACACACACGCACACACACACUCGUAUACACAGAGCAAGGCUAGUGUUAUUAGUAGAAUUAGAGGUGCUCACAGGCACAAACACGCCUGUAUUGAUAUGCAGGGUUCAUUUUCCCCUCCGAAUGUGUCGUUUUAAACGUCACUGCUGUGCCAAAGAGGUUCAGGAUGAAAGAGGAGGAAGGAAAGAGAAGGAAAGAAGGGAGGACGAAAGGAGUGAAAGAGGACAGGAGAACCGUAGUCAGCUCACCUCCGUUCUGCAUCAGCGUUGAAGGAUAAGUGAGCCAGACGGUGGGAUCCACACCCUCACGCCCACUUCACAUCCUCCUCAUCCUUCCUCACAUCCUUCCCUCCUCAUCCUCUGCCCUCAUCCACCUCCACACUCUCCCUGCACACUCCCACAUUAAGAGAAACAUUUGUAAGAACUCUUAUUGUGCUUUGUGUAGCAAAUCUAAGUGGGCAAUGUUUUUUUGCCACCUUGUAACUUAUCAUUUUCUUACUCGAAAAACACACCAAUGCUGUAUUCAGAUUCUCAGCCCCUCAAAUUCUGAUCAAAUUAUUUUUUGUGUUUUCAGUACACUAAAUGCUGUUUUCUUUUGAGCUAAAUAACUGUGAUUCCAAAAUGCUUUUUUGUAAUUUUGUGAUAAUUGUUUAUAUCAUGUGUUAUUAUUUUUUCAGUUCCAUUUUGUUAGUUUUAAUGUCUAGUUUUUUGGGGGGUUAUUGUUUUUUAUUCAACAUAAAUACCUUUUUGGGGGUCUAUUUGUAUUACUAUUGCAACUGAAGAGGUAUACAGUACAUAUAAGAGCCAAUGUAUGAACUGGUUUUGUAUAGUUCAAGCAGUUCCAUUUAAUUGCCUUAAUCAUUAUAUAUUCUGGACCUAGGUAUUGGUGUAGUUUUAUUCAUAAUUUUGAGAGAUGAUUCAUGCUGAUAUUUUUGCAGAGCUACAAUUUUCAUGUUAAAGCAAACAAAAGAAAGUGUUUGUUUCCAAAACUUCACAUCGAGUCUAUGGCUUCAUUCUAACCGAACACUGUAAAAGAAAUCGCCUUUAAGAUGGACAUUAAACUACUUUUAUUUUUGGUCUGCUAGACAAGGGACGUACGUCGCAAGCUAAAAAAGAGACACGUGCAGUGUUGAAAAAACGAGUUUAGUCAUAAUGAUGUCUAGUGUGAAUAUGGAAAAACACUGUAUUUUAUACACACACAACCAUGCACCAUUACACACGCACAUGCACACGCACUAUGUUAGUAAUGUAUCAGUGAGUCAGGGUCGACGUCACAGUACCAUACUGCCUCAUAGAUGGCUUUUCACAGUGUGUGGCCCAUUUAAACAACUGGCUGCACACAAACACUCACACACACACAUUCAGGCAGUUAUUUGUAAUGGAGGAUGCCAAACUAUAUAUGAGAAAGUGAAAAUUAAUUGGAACAUGUGAUAAAUUAUAAUCCUUGGAAAGAACACACACUCCAAGAAAGACGUUCUUGUAAUCGGUGUUUGUUGUCUGUGUGACACUCAGGACUUUCAGACUGCCUUCUCUACACUGCCAAAGCCUUUUGGAUCAUUCUAUAACGUAAAAGAUCAAGAGGUUUUUGACAAUGUUUACUAGUGCUUUUUAUGAACAUGCAGUUCCUCAUCUUACAGAAACAAUAAAAAUGCGUAAGUGAUGAACAGUGAGCUUUGACUCAGCAGUUCGACAGUGUAGACCAGAAGUUUCUGUCUGAAAGGGUCAAAAGUUAUCAUAUUGCGGUCAGUGACGUCAACGAUGUAAAGCUCACAGGGUAUAGAAUGUGUAAGAUGUUUUUGUGCCUGCAAACCCUAUACUCCCAUGUAUGUUAUGUCAUAGAUAUGUCGGCCUACUAAUGAACGUUUCCAUUUAGAAAAAAAAAAGUUCAACUGUUGGAGUGCUUUGGGGUGUCCAAAGGAUUCCAUUUCAUCACGUCUCAUUAUUACCCUCCCACCAUCAUGCCCACUCACUGUACAUACACUACAUCUUUAUUACAAAUCAUCACACUGCACACAUCACACACAACAGAGCAGUUAGAGUGCUUUGUCACAAAGACGACUUCACAACCUGAAUAACAGAUUCUCAGUGCUUUGUUUCGACGGGGAAAAGCAUGGGUUGGGUUGAAACAGGAGCUCACUUUAUCGAUGUCUUACAGAUAACCUCAACGGGAACAGUCUGGUGUUUGGGUCCAGUGUUUUCGACUCUCCUUGACUGCCCAGGUCUCUAGUUCGACCUUCUUCAGUCUGUCUGAUAAGCUGCAAUUCCCAUGCUGUGCCUUGACACUUACGUCAACGCCAUACACCAUCUUCAAGCCAACAGGCGGUGGUAUAGUAGUGAGAAGCAACGCACUUUUUGCUCGGAUUCAUAAAUGAUUGAAAUCAAAUGACAGGAAUACUUUAGUGCUAAGAAUACUACUUUUUCCUCUUUCCUAUGCUGUAAGAGCAUCGAGGGAUGAGCGAAGUACUGUUGUGUCUAAUACAUGCAUUUUCAUUGUUAAGUCUCAGUGACAGCAAUGCUAUUUAAUUACUUCUCCACAACAUUGUAGGCUGGGAGACAUUCUGCUCCUACCUCUUAUAUGCCAAAGACUUGAGUUGCUGGAUUAAGUGUUUUCUUUGUUUGUCACACUUCAUUGUAUGACUACCUGUUGCUUUGGCAUUAUCCUCACACUGUAUGUUGAUGAAGAAGGGUACAGAUGUGAUCUAAUUGGUUGUUUUUACAGAUGACAGUUGGGUAUAAAAUGUAAUGUGGAAUGUUAUGGAGCCUUUCUUCUUUUCUAGAUUCUGCUUAUUCUUCUUUCCUUUCUUCUUCUAUCCGAUUUACAAUAAUCAUGGAGUUAGUAAGAUUUAAACUUCAUUUUAUUUGUAACGUGUUUGCCUUGUAAGUGAUUUAGUUCAUUUGCAAUGUUAUUAAAUGUAUUUUUCAUUUAACUUUACUUGGUCUAUUCUUGUUUUAAUUUAACCUACAGUCAAAAUUAUUUAGCAAUUCCAGUAUAUUUGGUUUAUAUUAAUAUACUGUUCAAUUUACCCCUCUUCCAUUAGACCAAGGGGCAUAGUUUUGGUUGUUUACUCUACAAAAUAGUAAUUCCAUUUCACCAACAUUCCCAUUUGGAGUUUGUCCAAAUAAACAUUUUGUCAAGUUUAUGUAAAUGCUUAAUUUAAUGAAAUGCUAAAGUAAUAUGUUGGGUAAAUUAUGUAAAUAAAGGUCGCAGAAGGAGUGCAUCUCACA